AUGCUCGAGCAAUGGCAGUCCUUGACAAACUUCACGGUCGCGAAGCAAGUCCAGAGCUUCUUUGGACUGGAAACAGAUGUAGCUGAGCUGCCGCCAACGCAAGAGACACAGGCCUCCCCAAUGCCAUCUCAUGUGGAUCUGGACUCACAGCAGCCACCAGGCAAAGAGGACUCAAAAUCAAGAGUUCAGGCAGGAGAUGGACGCGGCCUAGUCCCUGAAGAGACAGGGCAUACAGGGGCCUUCUCCAGCUUGCUGUCUGGAGAUGCUACGCUUUCCGCUCCUGACAGUUGCGUUGAAGAGCCAAGCGAGUUUGCGUCCGACUCCGCGCAACACAAGAUACAGCAGAGCAGUCGUCCUAUGUACAUGCCAGACAUGCGCAUGGACGAGGAGGACUUAGAAGAUCAGCACCCAGCCACGCCAUUUCUUGACGAUGCAUCAGACGACAACCCAGUCCUGGAUGCCCUGCCGGCCAUGCAGAUGGCUGAAGCAGAAGAGCUGCCGUACUGGCUGCAGCUCUCAAGUGAGGGACUCGUAUCUCAGUGGGCACCAUUUUCCUCAUACACUGGCACAGAUACGAAUCUUUCCGUCAGACCAGCCCCACAGCAGGAGGAAGCAAUAGCUUCCCUGCAACAAACAAUCAUGCCCGAGGGCUUCCAGGUGAUCUCUGUGAGGCAUCAAGAGUCGCUAAGCGACCCCAGCAUAAUAUCCGCUGGCAAAUACUUCUACUUUGAUGCUGCAGCAUAUCCUUCCUAUGAGUUCUCUUCACACCCAUGCCUUGUAGAACAGUGGCGUGGGGCCGUGCUUGUGUGGAGUGGAGCUGUGAGCCUAAGCCUGGGUGCUCUUGCCGCAGUGGAUAUGCCAGCUGCAUCAACGCCUGCCGUCGGCCGCAAGGAGCCUCGCCAAGCAUCGCAGCCAGGGGACUUUGAAGUUGACGACGUAAUCUCAGUCGUGGGCUUUCACAGGAACCUGAUUGUUUCUCUAGGAAAACACAUGGACUUUCCGGAGAAUCUUCUUGGCUACCAGGGCUACUGCGUAGGCAAAAGGGCUUUGCCGCAGCAGGACUUUAGCACAGAAACAGGAGCGAAAUACGCCGAUGAGCUCGGAGAUCUGGGCAAGCGCAUGCAGAUCAAUAUUGAGGUUGAUGAGAGGGAGCUUCUAGCCAUCCGUGGUGCUACAGAGUCAAGAGCCAGCAUGGGUUGUCUGCUCGAGCCUGCUGCCCAUGUUGAGAACACCAACACUGCAGCCAAUGAGUUGGCGCGGGAGAACAGUCUCGUGUUAGCAGGCAUUGAGGUUGCGGAGGAGGGCAGCAUUCCUCACAACAUCCGUUCUAGCGCCUCCACCGAAGGUUGGACUGCACGGCGCCAUGCGAUACUGAAUGCCAGACCAAGACAUGUCCCGGACAGGGAGGCGACGCUUUAA